AACUCAGCUUGCUUUCAAUUCCAAACCGAUGCAACAGAAAUCGAUUUGCUCGUAAAUACACUACAAUUGAAGUGAAAUAGUGAACUCUAAUGUUUAUAUUUGUUCGCUACCAUGGAAAAUAACUCUGGGCAGAACCAAAAUUCGAAUGCAUCACCGGUGUCAAUGUUGCCACCUCCGCCACCCCCUCCUGGGAUGUUGAUGGGUGGACCACCGGGUAUCCCGCCAAAUUGGCAACCAGGUGGACCUCCGUUGAUGGGAGCACCUGGAGGGCCACCACCGUCCCUAAUGGGUGCCCCGGGAGGGCCACCUCCAUCACUGAUGGGACCCCCGUCUGGUCCGUUGCUAGAUGAUCAGAGUAAGAGUCUACCGCCUCUGAUGUCGCUAACUGUGGGAAACCCAGAUCAGGACCAGGCAAACAAAAAACCAUCGGAAUUGAUCCUCCCGAAAGCGCUGGAAGAUGUUCUCGCAAUGAAAACCGUUCGCGCUAAGGAAUUGGGUGCUGAAGAAGUGCUGGCUGCUGUUGGAGCAGUCGUUCCUCCGGCUGCCUCAGCACCAGCAACGCCAGCGGGAGUUAUGAGCUCAUAUCUCGAUAUGGACGGAGAUUCGGAUGAUGACAACGUGGAUGGGAUGGCCCCCCACCCGCCAAUCAUCUCCAAAGCCGAGGGUAGGUUGGAUCGUAACCGCAGGAGGAAGCAGCGCAAAAAGGAGAACAGAAAAGCUAGACGAGAACAAAGUGCCCUGGUGCUGCUACAAAGAGAGAAAGAUAAGGAAGGGCUGAAGGGACAGCCGGCCAAUGAGGGAGAGUCUUCACCAGAGAAACAAUCCGGGAAGGAUAGUAAAGAUCGAAAGGAUGAGAAAAAUGAAGAGGAGUUGCCCAAUGAAAAUGGCGAUGGAAAAGGUAGCAAAGAUGCAAAAAAGGAUAAGGAUAAAGAGAAGACUAAAUCCAAGGAAAAAAGUAAGGACAAAACAAACAAAAAAGAUAAGGAGAGCAAGAAGGACAAAGAAAAGAACAGUUCGCUGAUCGAGGACGAGUUGGACAAAGUUGAGAUUGAAUACGUACCCGAGAAAGUAACAAUCGCGGACUUGGCGCCAAUGUAUCGUCAGUUUUAUCGAGUGUUUGAAAUAUUCAAACUAGAAACAAAGGCAAAAGAGGCUGCUAAAUCUGAAACCACGGAAAGUGAAAAAGCCGCUGCUACUAAAAAGGCUAACGAGAAGGACGAUGAUGAUGACGACGAUGAUGGGAUGGAUCUGGAUGAUAAGGACGAUAAGGAGAAGAUUUCGAAGCGGAAGAUGAAGAAAUUGACCCGGUUGAGUGUUGCCGAGCUGAAGCAGCUGGUGGCACGGCCGGAUGUUGUGGAAAUGCAUGACGUAACGGCUCGCGACCCGAAACUGCUGAUUCAGUUGAAGAGUCAUCGGAACACGGUACAAGUUCCAAGGCAUUGGUGCUUCAAGCGGAAGUAUCUUCAAGGUAAGAGAGGUAUCGAAAAGCCUCCGUUUGAGCUACCAGCUUUCAUCAAGAAAACUGGUAUCAUGGAAAUGCGUGCCUCGCUGCAAGAGAAGGACGAGGCCAAGACUCUGAAGGCAAAGAUGCGAGAACGCGCGCGACCGAAGAUGGGCAAAAUCGAUAUCGAUUAUCAAAAGCUACAUGAUGCCUUUUUCAAAUGGCAAACAAAGCCUCGCAUGACCAUCCAUGGCGAUUUGUAUUACGAGGGUAAAGAAUUCGAAACUCGGCUGAAGGAAAAGAAACCCGGGGACUUAUCUGAGGAACUGAGAGUGGCUCUUGGUAUGCCGAUUGGGCCCGCCUGUCACAAAAUUCCUCCGCCGUGGUUGAUUGCCCAGCAACGUUAUGGACCACCACCCAGCUACCCCAAUCUGAGGAUUCCCGGCUUGAAUGCUCCAAUUCCGGAAGGGUGUUCAUUUGGUUAUCACGCUGGCGGUUGGGGUAAACCACCUGUGGACGAAAAUGGCAAACCUUUGUAUGGUGAUGUGUUCGGAAUGAGCGCAACCGAGCUAGAUAAUGGCCUUGGAGAGGAAGACAUCGAUCGUACGCAGUGGGGUGAGCUCGAAUCGGAAUCGGAAGAAUCAUCCGAGGAAGAGGAAGAAGAUGGCGAGGAUCUGGGUGCUCCUGCGGAUGAGAGUGGACUGAUCACACCGGCGGAGGGUUUGGUUACGCCUUCCGGUCUGACGAGUGGUGUACCGGCGGGUAUGGAAACACCGGACACGAUCGAACUGCGCAAAAAGAAGAUCGAAAGCGAGAUGGAGGACAAUGAGACUCCAGUUUUGUACCAAGUGCUGCAGGAAAAGCGCAACGAACGCAUCGGUGCAUCGAUGAUGGGAUCUACCCACGUGUACGAUUUAGCAGCGGCAACUGCUGCUGGUGCCACUGGAGGUCCACGAGGCGCUCGCGGAGGAGCAAUCGAUCGCGAAGGUAUGGUUGAGCUGGCACUGGAUCCAUCCGAGCUGGAUAUGGACAACGAUGCGAUGGCACAGCGCUACGAGCAGCAGAUGCGCGAACAGCAGAGUCACUUGCAGAAAGAGGAUCUCUCCGAUAUGUUGGCCGAGCACGUGGCAAGACAGAAAUCGAAGCGGAAACGACAGCAGACGGACACAACUAGCAAGCAGACUAAGAAGUACAAGGAGUUCAAGUUCUAGAUGAUCGUCUGGAAGAGGAGCAUCAAUUAAAAUAUCACAUAUAUUACUCACUAUAAGCUAUCGCAAUAAAAAUCGAGAAUUUUUCAUUUGAGGCCCAAAUAAUUUUCACCCUUAUUCCGGA